ACGUUUCAUAAAGUUGCCCUUGAAGCGAGUAAAGGGAUGAGCUCCAUCCCCUCUACACAUAGAAUAUAGAGCGGUCCGAGCGCCACGGGCGACUGCAAAGCGCUGUGGAGGUAUACUGGAAGCUACAACAUGCCACGCGCGAUCAUCGUCGGCGCAGGCGCCUACGGUGCAUCGCUAGCUUACACGCUCAUUAAAAGUGCAGACGACUGGAACAUUCUCCUGCUCGACCGUGCGCCGUGUUCGCCGAGCGUCAGCUCUGCAAGCAAAGCAAACAGCCCCGAUGUCCAGGACGCAGCGGAAAAGAGCUGCCUUGCGCCUGACGCCGCGUCCUUUGAUAUCAAUAAAAUCAUCCGUUCGGACUACACCGAUAAGAACUACCGCGACUUAGGCAAGGAAGCAAUUCGCUUAUGGCGCGACGAGCAAGGUAUCUGGAAGCGCUUCUAUCACGAAACUGGCGUCAUCUUCCACAGCGGUCGUGGCAGCGAUACCCUUUGUCAUGGACCGGGUAAGGGAGGAGCUACCGAGAAAGACAGAGCGUAUGUCCAGCUCGGAAUUCGUGGAGCUCACGAAGCUGAGGAGAAUGUAUCGGACUCGGAGAAGCUACCCGCAAAAGCCUUCCAUCUUCAGACCCCUGAAGAGGCAUUAUCAGUAUUCCCAGAGUUGUGCAGGUCAAAUAUCGGCGAAGGCUUAAGCUCCAUCGGCUCGCCAUUGGCGCCGACAGCAGCUUCUGAUGGCGGCCCUCGAUGGAAGCAAGACGCCUACAUCAACCCUCGAGGUGGUUGGGCAGAAGCUGCUGCAGCGACCCAAUACACUUUGGCCCAGGCCAUCUGCGAAGGAAAUUCCAAGGGAGCGAGGGAACGCAUUAAGGUCGUUGGCGAUGCCCAGAUCUCUGAGCUGGUUGUAGCAUCAGACACUUCCUCUUCUCUCUCUACGAGAACGCGGGUGAUUGGGGUCCAGACUACCAAAGGCGAUCGUUUCGUGCUGAACGACGCUGAGAUCAACGACGGUCAGAGCACGGUAGUGCUGUGCACGGGAAGCUGGACGCGGGAUUUGCUCGAAGGCUUGCUCCCGGAUCGAAGCGAAGCGUCAUCAAUCUCAAAGUGGCCGAUGGCACCAUCUGCACAGUGUGUCAUCACCAUCCAGCUGCCAAAAGAGAUUGCGGGGAAGUACAAGGGAUGCCCUGUCCUGCUUAACUUCAACACCGGCUUUUACGUCUUUGAACCAAAUCACGAAGGCAUUAUGAAAGCCGCCAUCCACAGCAUCGGUUACCAACAUCCUCGUCCCGCCAACAAUACUGUCUCAAACACGUCAGCACCAAUCCUGCAACCAGCCUUCACUGCGGGCGAGCAGCCAUCACAGUCUCACCCAGACCUCCGAAUGAACGGCAACGCCGCCCCGUCGAACUUGGCAGCCGCUGGUCUGGACGCUGUCGCGGAAGAAUAUAUUCCUGCCACCAAGCUGACCGAGAUGCUGGAUGAGCUAGCAGAAGUCUAUCCCGAGGUCGCGGCGUACGCGAGGGAUGCGAUCGUCACUCAGAGCAAGGACAAAAGCACCAGCACAAAGAUCGUCAAGACGCGCGUGUGCCAUUACAGUGAUACGGCCGACGAGAAUUGGCUGAUCGAUCACGUACCCGGAACGGACGGGCUGAUUGUCGCGAGCGGCGAUUCGGGUCACGGAUUCAAGUUCCUUCCCAUGAUUGGCCGCUUAAUUGCAGCACGCAUGGGUGUCAGCUCGCCCGCCAUUCCGCCUUUGAGCGAGCACCAAGCAAAAGUCUUUUCCUUCGAGCAUCACUUCAGUCUCACGUCGCUUACGGACGUGGCCAAGACGGAUUCCAACCGCUUCAAGCCGGCAUCGCAGACCGUGGCGCGAUAGCGUUCGGUUUUGGCACACUCCUUCCAGCGCCCUUUCGAUAGGACCUAACCAAGGCCGAUGACGUAUACUAUUAAAACGGUGCUGUUAUUAUAGAACUAGAUUUCAUGCUUGU